UUUGCCCCACAUCAUGUUGCUAAGGAAACAGAUAAGGUAUUGUUGUUCGAGAAUGGAUUACAAGAUGAGAUCCGUAAGAGGGUCUCUUUGUUCGAGGCAAAAACCCUAUCGGAACUUGUGACUAAGGCCCUCAUUGUUGAAAAGACCCUCGACACCACCUCAGGAGGAAAGGAGCAACUAAGCAAAAGGCCGAGAGACUUCUGCGGUCAGGUCACAACAAAUGGAGUAACAACCCCAACAAGAAGACCAUGA